GUCAGAUAAGGGGAGGAGUCUCACUGACAAGAAACUGGCUCUACUGAGUUUGGCUGCUCCCUAAAAUAGCAGUUGUGUGUAAAUGUGACUGAAAUUACGUUAAUGUUCCACGCACACGGUAUCCAUUGGAGGCUCUGAUAUAGAGUAUCUAUAUACAGCGAGGGACUUGAGAGACAAGAUUGUGGUGUGGUCACGAAAACGACAGAGCCAGAGAGAGAGAAGAGAGAGUGUUGUACAAUGUGCUAGGAGAUAAGGAAGAAGACGAGCUCGGUAGUUUUUCUGAUAUUCUUGAGGUGUCAGAGAGACCGUACAGAACGCAGAGAUGGGACGGAAGAAGAUACAGAUCACCAGGAUCAUGGAUGAGAGGAACAGGCAGGUUACCUUCACGAAGAGGAAGUUUGGGCUAAUGAAGAAGGCCUAUGAGCUCAGUGUUCUAUGUGACUGUGAGAUAGCCCUGAUCAUAUUCAACAGCUCAAACAAACUCUUUCAGUAUGCGAGCACAGACAUGGACAAGGUCCUGCUCAAAUACACUGAGUACAACGAGCCCCACGAGAGCAGAACUAACUCUGACAUUGUCGAGAAAUUAAGAAACAAAGGCCACAAUGACCUGUGUGCCAGUCCUGAUCCAGAUGACUGUUUUGGGCACAGCCCCCUCAUGGACGACCGUUUCGGCAAACUAAGCGAAGAGAGUGAUUUAAUGUACAAGCGCUGUGGUGCGCUAAACAAGAAAGAACACAGAGGCUGUGAUAGCCCGGACCCUGAUGCCUCAUAUGUCCUCACCCCUCACACAGAAGAAAAGUAUAAAAAAAUUAAUGAGGAGUUUGAUAAUAUGAUGAGAAAUCAUAAAAUCCCCACAGCGCUGCCCCAGCAGAACUUCUCCAUGCAUGUGGCAGUGCCAGUCUCCAACCAGAACACCAUGUCCUACAACCCAGGAGGCUCCAUGAGCAGCCAGGCCCAGGCCGCAGCCUCUCUGAGCGACAGUGGGAUGCUCUCUCCCGCUCAGGCUUCCUUACACAGGAAUGUGGGCUCCAGUGGGGGCCAGCAGAGGCCCCCUAGUCAAGGCAAUGCAGGGAACGGCUUUGUCAACCCUAGGGGCUCUCCGGGACUCCUGGGCGCAACCAGCGGGAACGGCCUGGGGAAAGUCAUGCCCACCAAGUCUCCACCGCCCCCUGGAGGGAACAUGGGGAUGGGCAACCGCAAGCCAGACCUGAGAGUGCUGAUCCCCCCGUCCAGCAAAGGCAUGAUGCCCCCACUGAACACCCACAGGAUAAGCAGCUCCCAGUCCCAGCUACUCGCCACCCCAGUAGUGUCUGUCACCACCCCCAGUCUGCCCCCCCAAGGCCUGGUCUACUCAGGCAUGCCCACCGGCUACAACACCGAGUACUCCCUGAGCAGUGCAGAGAUCUCCUCCCUACAGGGCUUCGGCUCUCCAGGGCUCUCUUUGGGCUCCAUGUCGGCAUGGCAACAACAUCAACUGGGCCAGGCAGCUCUCAGCUCUUUGGUGGGUGGUGGUCACCUACCUCAGGGCUCCAACCUCUCUAUCAACACCAGCCAGAACAUCAACAUCAAGUCAGAGCCCAUCUCCCCACCGCGGGAGCGCGUCACCUCCUCUGGCUUCCCCCAGCAGCAACAGCAACAGCAGCAACAGCAGCAGCAGGUGUCCAGCCGGCAGGACCUGGGCCGCUCGCCUGUGGACAGCCUCAGCUCCUCCUGCAGCUCGUACGAUGGCAGCGACCGCGAAGACCACCGGCCGGACUUCCACUCCUCGUCCAUGGGGCUAGGCAGACCCCCGGCCGGAACCGAGGACAACAGGGAGAGCCCCUCUGUCAAGCGCAUGCGCAUGGACACCUGGGUGACAUAGAGUCACUCAGUCAGGCCUCCAGUCACCAGCUAGUCAGACGGAGGGAGGGAGGGGGUAGACUUGGGGGAGAGAUGGAUGGGGUAGGAAAGGUCCUUAUAGUUAUCAUUAUAAUAUUAUUAUUUAACUCCAUUUCAUUUUGUAAGAAGGAGAAUGGCAAAUAAAUUAAAUACGUCUCACAUUAAUAAGAAAAACAAUCAAGUAGUUGGACUGAAUUAUGUACACAAACAGAUGUUAUCAGGUACUGGGUGCGAAUUAGAUGUUUGCAGGAGUCUGAUGUUCAAAGAAAAAAAAGAAGAAAAAAACUAAUCUAGAUUAUUGUAGUCACUGGUCUAGUCUGGCACUUGUAGUUGCUGUUUUUGCUGUUGUGGUUGCAAGUUACAAACAAUCCAAAAAGUCAAGAGUGUUGCCUGCUGGCCGAGGGCCCCUGCUUGUGGCGUCCACUGUUAGAGCUCAUGUUUCACUACAUGGUGUAACCUCAUACGACUUUAAUCUCAUACAACUUUGUCUCAAUUUGUCUCUUCUAUGAAUUUAUUAAAUCAGUAGAUGUGGAAUCAAAUUUUAAAACAAUUUUGACCUCAGAGACUAAAAAGAGUUGUUUUUCAUUUGAAAGAGGUUUCCCUUGUGUGGUUUUAGACAGGAAAAGCUAUCCUGUAUGGGAAGGACAUGGCUCAGAGUCGUGUUUAGUUCUAAAAUAAAUAGGAAAAA